CCCCGAUAAAGGCUCUGGGAGGGAUGGGGGGAUGUUGUUUUGAGCUGGGUUUUGGGGCUGUUUUCGGCAUUUUAGUGUUUUUUCAUUAAACGCCGCGGCUCUGCCAGGGCGCGGAACCCGAGUGCGCGGCGGCGGUGUCGGCGGAGGGCGCCUCCACAGCACCGCUCCGCCCGGUCACCUUGGCGGGCCGCCGCCGCCAUGGUGUUCCUGCCCGACGAGUCGCGGUCGCUGCCGCCGCCGCCCAUCUUCAACAGGAUCUCGGCGUGGCUGGGCUUUACGGGCUGGUUAUCGGCGCUGCUGGACAACGGCUUCAACCACCGGCCCGUCCUCAGAGCCGGAGUUCACCGCCAGGUCCUGUUCACCACCGUGGGGUGGUUUGUUGGCUAUUACCUGGCUAAGCGCAUGGAGUACAUGUAUGCCAAACUGGACAGAGAGCUGCUGGAGUACGUCAAGCAGCACCCAGAGGACUUCAAGGGAACAGAAAAGAAAAGAAUAGGAGAGGUUCUGGAGGAAUUCUGCCCAGUUCGCUGAGGUGACACGACACAGGAUGGGCUAAUCCCAGUCCAAGAACUCUGUCACUGCUCAACCGUCCAUGGCUGGGAAAUGAACCAGUUUUCAUGUAAUAAAAGCUACAGUUCAAUA